AUGUCCGUCAUAGCAAUCUGUGCCACCGCGCGUCGACUCGCAUUUAGUUGUCGCGCAGGUACUGCGUUCCGCAAAACACAUCGAAGCCGGCCGCGAAGCUACCACUCCUACGACCACCCGCCGGCUGCAAGCGCUUUUGGAGACGCUGAGGAGGCUAUCAUGUCCGCAGCCUACAAGCACGUUCCCGAGCACGGCUUCUCCGCCCGCGCCCUGGGCCUCGGAGCCCGCGACGCCGGCUACCUUGACAUUAGCCCCAGUGUGCUCCCCGACGGCGCGUUCAAUUUGAUACGUUAUCACCUCGUCUCGCAGCGACAGAGCUUAGCUAGGACCGCUAAGAAGCUAUUUAUUGAUGAGGAGUCGCUCGGACCCGGAGACAAGGUUGCCGCUCUCACGUGGGCGCGAUUGCGAGGAAAUCAGGACAUCAUCCAGCAUUGGCAAGAGGCACUGGCAAUUAUGGCACAACCGAGACACGUCUCCGAAUCCAUGAGAGAGCUCGCGCAGCUGUCUGACGAGAUCUGGUUCCUGUCCGGCGACAAAACCGUUGAUCCAUCGUGGUACUCGAAGCGCGCGACGCUGUCCAUGAUUUACACAUCAACCGAGCUGUUUAUGACAAACGAUAAGUCGCGCAAGUUUAUCGAAACAAACAAUUUCCUCGCUCGCAGGCUCGAGGAGGUUCAUUUAGUUGACGGCGCCGUUGGCGCUGUUGGGCAGUGGGCAGGAUUCACAUUCCAAACGGCCAUCAACGUACUGCGAAGCAAGGGUGUAGGCAUCUGA